UUAAACGUUACAUUCACUCAAAUGCAGCCGGGAAUACAAUAACCGAUUGUUUAUCUUUCUUGUUGCCUAUAAAAGAUUCAAUAGUGGAGUUUUGUGAUUUUGUAGUUGGUCAGCAACAGAUUUGGGGCAGUUUCUUCCUCACGUUUUUCUCGGUCCUACUUUGCAGCAACUGUCAAAACAAAACAUUAAACCUAAGGGAAUUAUCAGAAACACCUGUUUAUUUCUCAGGCUUCUGUUUGGUGACCUGCUUUCUGCUGGUAUAAAACACGGAGGAGAGCAGGUUCUCCAAGAUUGCAACAUAAACAUUUCAGGAUGAGGGGAUCUGCCGUUUUUCACAUUUUGCUCCUCUGUCAGUGUUGCACUUGGGCUCACAGCGAGGCGGACAAUGACGCUGCUCAAACUCUGGAUCAAGGUCUUCAGGCUGAGAUUCAAGGUGUUGAAACAAAUCAGGCCGAGAACACCAAACAGAUCAACAACACCGUGGACCUAUGGGCUGAGCUGAAGGAGCUCAGAGACAUGACCAUUGAACUGAAGACUGACCUGAAGCAUUACCUGAGCAGGAUUGAGAAGCUGGAGGAAGAAAAAUUAGACCUUGAAGUCAGAAUAAGCUCCGCCGAGAAGGAGAUGGAGGAAAUCAAGAGCGAGAAUGCAGAUCAACCAAAGGUGGCGUUCUCACUUGGCCUCACAAAUGCAGGACGCCUUGGACCCUAUAAUACUGACAUCACACUGAGGUUUAGCAAAAUAUUUAAAAACUAUGGUCAAGCCUACAACCCAGACACAGGUAAUAACCCGUCUAACUUAAAGUGGCAGUUUUGGUAUGAGCGGCACCCUGGCCAGUCCUGCCUAGUUUUCCUGGUUUUUACGGCAAAGAUGAUGCCACUUUUCAUUGGUUGCACAUGCAUAAAAGAACUAGAGAACAUGCUGGAGUUACAACUAAACUGUUGCUUGCGCACCCCAUAUUUAAAACUGCCACUGGUACCAAUGCACACAAACAGAAUUAAACAGAGUUCUGAAAAGCUUUCAUAUUUGUUUCUCUUUUUUGUAGGCGUCUUCACUGCCCCAGUCAGAGGAGCAUAUUAUUUCAGAUUCACCUUCUGUGAGGUCAACAAUGCUCACUGGAUGGGUAUUCAUUUGUAUCAUAACAGCAAGAUAAUCAUGACUAAUUAUGACAGAAGUAACACCUACUAUGAAACCAUGUCUAACGGAGUGAUACUCGAGCUGGAACGAGGCGAUGUGGUUUACAUGGUCCUUCAGGCACCCUACACUGUAUAUGAUGACCACAGAAAUUACAGCACCUUCACUGGAUUUCUUCUUUUCCAGUUGUAAAGGUAGACAUCUUUUCUCUUCAACAAGUUUAUAGAUAUGUUACAAUAGCUUAACAGUAAAUAUGUUGGAAAACACAUGCAAAUUAAUUGAACUAACUCAAGAUUAUAACUGAAAUUUACCUCACUUUCCUCAUUAGUCAAAAAUUCUGACUUGAAUUCAAAGAUUGAUUUUGUACUUCAACACAUUGGACAUAUUUUUUUUAUUUAGCUACUCAUUUAAAUAAAUGUAAGUGUUCAAUUUCAUUCAGGAAAUUAUAUUUUUGUGUACUUGACUGUUGGUUAUAAAUUACAGAAUAAAUAUUGUAAGGCUACACUUAAAACUUAUCUCUCCAAAUUUAAUGAACAAAGCUGUAUCCAAGUGUUUUAUUGGUUAAAUUUCCUCUCUGUUGCUAAAUAUGUAUUUGAAUGUUUGGCCUGGAAUCUUGAAAACAGAAAAUAAGUUAGUGAAUGCAGAUGGGAUGCCACUAGCUUAUUAGUGGCAUCCCACUAAUAAGUCUUUUUGGAAAAACUAAAAAAAAAAAAAAAUUAUUAAAA